UCUGCACACGCUUCUCACCCUUUCUAUAUUGUGUGGGCUAAGCACUUGGAAUUUUUAGACCCAGCUAAAAAUAUAUUUGCAGAGUAUAUACCAUGGUUACACUUGGUGCUUCUGCAAGAAGGCUGCUCUUUGCCUGUCUUGUUAUGGCACUUGUUUCUCAGAUGUAUGUGGAAGCUGCUGAGGCUUCUGAAUCAAAGUCUUUUGGACUGCAAACAAAUGGGAUAUACCGCAGGCUUCUGCAAACAAUUGACUGCAAGGCUGCUUGUACAGGCAGAUGUAAAGCAGCAUCUCUGAAUGACAGGUGUUUGAGAGCUUGUGGUACAUGCUGUGCCAGAUGCAAUUGUGUUCCCCCAGGGACAUAUGGGAACAAGCAGCUCUGCCCCUGCUAUGCCAACAUGAAGACCCGUGGCAACAAGCCCAAAUGCCCUUAAGAAGACCACUCACAGUCAUUUUCUAUAAGAAAAUAUCUGAACUGCUCUGUUCUGGAAUAAAAUAUACUGUUAGAUGUUGUAAUCAUGUCAAUACUUGUCAUGAUGCUGCUUGUAUGAAAUAGAUCCAUUCUUUGGUGUGGAACAUGUAUGACUAUGUAUACAGUUGUACUCAUCUAAUAAAGCUGCAAAAGGCAAACAGUAGCUCUGCUCGUCUAUGCCAAGCUUCCUAGUUUGUGAAUAAUGUUGAGGAGUCAUUACCAAGCUUGAGGUACAGUCGUUUUUAAAGAGAUAUUUUCCUCAUAAUCAUCUUCUUAUGCUUAUGCAAUCCUCUUGUUCUCUGAAUACAUGUAUUUCAUAAAUACUAAAACCCCUUUCUUUAGGAUC